AUGUUAUCAUUGGCUGGGUGGUCAGUUCUCAUUCAAGCUUCCUUGGCGGCCAUACCGUCAUAUGUCAUGCAAUGUGCUUAUCUUCCAGGCAAGAUUUUGGAUGGAGUAGAUAGAGUUAAUCGGAAUUUCCUUUGGGGAUCUUCAGAUUCAGCCAAGAAAGUGAAUUGGGUUGGAUGGGAUAAGGUGACAAAGUCAAAGGAGGAAAGGGGUCUUAGGUUGCAUUCAGCUAAGGGUAGGAAUAUUGCUCUUUUGGCUAAGCUGAAUUGGAGAUUCCAAAUUGAAUCUGAGGCUCUUUGGGUUAAGGUGUUGAAGAUGAAAUAUUCAAUAAAGAGAGGUAGAGAUAUUUUCAACAAGGGGAGUAGGUGGCUGGUGGGGAAGGAUAGUGGUUUAAAUGUGUGGCAUAGUAAUUGGACAAAUGGGGGUUCACUUAGAAAGCUUAUUCACGGUCCCAUUACCCAAGAAGCUAGCUUUCUUGAAGUUAAGGAUAUUAUGUUAGACACGGGUUGGGAUUGGGGGAAAAUUCCUUUUGAGAUCUCUCUUGAAAUUAAAAGGAUGAUUCAAGCCAUUCCGGUGACAAUCUUGAGUAGAGGAGCUGGUAAGUUGAUUUGGGCUGGUUCUCCUCAAGGCACUUUUGAUUUGAGAAGUGCUUAUAGGCUUGCAAUGGGGAACAAUAUGGUUUUCAAUAAGAAGAACAGGAACUCGAGCCUUGCUUUGGAGAUUGUAAGGCAAGCAUUGGAGUAUUAUCAUUGCGUUGCUUCCCCAAGGCUACAAACUUGUAAAGUGCUGAAGGGAAUACGAUGGGAGAGACUGCCACAAGGCUGGAUGAAGCUGAACACUGAUGGUUCGGCCAAUGGGAAUCCCGGGUUGGCAGGGUGUGGGGGUGUGAUUAGAAAUGAUGCAGGGCAAUGGGUUGUUGGUUUUAGCAAGUGUAUCGACAUCACCAGUAGCUUUGUUGCAGAAUUAUGGGGGCUUAGGGAGGGUCUUAUCUUGUGUUGCAAUCUUUAUAUUACUUCUCUUGAGAUUGAGCUUGAUGCCAAAGUUAUUGUGGACAUUUUGAACAAGCCAGCCUAUGUAAAUAAUAUUAUUUCUCCUAUUUUGGAUGACUGUAGGUUGUUGGCUUCCCGCAUUCCUCAGAUUCGUGUUAAGCAUUGCUUUCGCCAAGCAAAUAGAUGUGCGGAUAGCCUUGCCAGAAUGAGUGUUAGUUUAGAUAGUGUUUUUUCUUCUUUUCAUAGUUCGCCUGUGGACUUGUUGGAUGUGUUUGAGGAUGAUUUCAAUGGGGUGAAUGUUAACAAGCUUUGUCCUGAACCUGAUGUCCCUCUAUAG